GCAGUUGUCACCGAGGUCCCCAAACCCAUUAUCUGCCCCCGGGGGCGUGGCCAAGCACCGAGUGGGCGUGACCAAAACCACCCAGGAGGGGGGCGGAGCGCGAUUUGACCACGCCCCCGGUUCCUCCCCCACGUGACGCGCAGCCCGCGCGCCGCUGCCCAAGAUGGCGGCGUGCCGGGCGCUGCUGGCGGCGGGGCGAGCAGCGGCGGCAGCGAGCGGGCGGCGCGGAGCUUCGGGGGUUGCGGGAGCCGCUCCAGGCCCUGGUCCCGCUCCCGGCGCCUCUCCCGGUGCCGUUCCCGGUGCCGUUCCCGGUGCCGCGGCGGUGCGGAGCCGCCUGUACGAGCACGCGCGGGAGGGGCUGAGCGCGCGGCCGCAGCUCGACGUCACCGCCCUCAGCGAGCGCGACGUGGAGCGGCGGCGCGGGCCGCUAGGGGGCGCUGCGCUCCGCGAGAUCGUGCGGAUGUGGUCGCGGCUGCGGCAGGUGCGGGAUGGGAUCGCCCGGCUGGAGGCUGAGAAGGGUCUCGUGGCUCAGGGGGUCCGCGAGAUCAUGGCCACCCAUGACAAGGCAUCAGCUGAGACGCUCCCAGAAUUGGCAGCGCUGAGGGAACGGGGCCGAAAUCUCCGGGGGCAACUCCGGGCGCUCGAGACCGAAGAAUCCGAACUGGAAGAGAAAUUUUACCUGAGAGCUUUGCAGCUGCCAAACAGAACCCAUCCUGAUGUGCCCGUUGGGGAUCAAAGUCAGGCCCGGCUGCUCGAGGUGGUUGGGGAAAAACCAGUGUUUGAUUUUAAACCAAAGGGACACCUGGAGCUGGGCGAGGGGCUGGACAUCAUCCGGCAAAGGUGGGUGACACCAGGAGAGGGGACACAUGUCACAUGCCUGUCACACACAUAG